CACUUCUUCUGUUUGAGCAGGAGAGGAGGAGUUAAUCAGCUGUCUAUUCGGACCUCUGACGGAACGUCUCUCUCUCCUGCACACCAACUUGGAGGUGCAAGUCUGUCCUUCUCCUCCAUCUACUUCAUCUCGACAUCGGUCUUGGCUGUGACCCAUCACUACAGUCAUGGCACCCAAAAAGAGCAAGGCCGCUAAGAAGAACAAAGCUGACAUCAAUGAGAUGACAAUUAUGGUAGAAGACAGUCCCACCAACAAAAUCAACGGGCUCAACACUCUCCUGGAAGGUGGAAAUGGCUUUAGUUGCAUCUCGACAGAGGUCACUGACCCUGUCUACGCACCGAAUCUCUUGGAGGGUCUCGGCCACAUGAGGCAAGACAGCUUCCUCUGUGAUCUGACUGUAGCGACCAAGUCCAAAUCCUUUGACGUUCACAAGGUUGUGAUGGCUUCCUGCAGUGAGUACAUCCAAAACAUGCUCAGAAAGGACCCAUCCCUUAAGAAGAUUGAACUCAAUGAUUUGUCCCCAGUUGGUCUGGCUACAGUCAUCACAUAUGCCUAUUCUGGAAAACUGACCUUGUCUUUGUACACCAUUGGCAGCACGAUAUCAGCCGCCAUGCUGUUGCAGAUCCAUUCUCUGGUGAAGAUGUGCAGCGAUUUCUUGAUGCGGGAGAUCAGCGUGGAGAACUGUAUGUACGUUGUCAACAUCGCCGACACGUACAAUCUGAAAGAGACGAAAGAGGCUGCUCAGAAGUUCAUGCGGGAGAACUUCAUCGAGUUCUCCGAAAUGGAACAGUUCCUAAAGCUCACCUACGAGCAGAUCAGCGAAUUUCUCACGGACGACUCGCUUCAGCUGCCCUCUGAGCUCACGGCUUUCCAGAUCGCAAUGAAGUGGUUAGACUUUGAUGAGAAGAGGCUGAAGUAUGCUCCAGAUCUGCUGUCCAACAUCCGCUUUGGAACCAUCUCGCCCCAGGACCUUGUCAGUCAUGUGCAGAUCGUUCCCAGGAUGAUGCAAGACGCCGAGUGCCACCGUCUAUUGGUCGACGCCAUGAAUUACCACCUGCUGCCAUACCAGCAAAACAUCCUGCAAUCCAGAAGAACCAAGGUCCGCGGCGGCCAGCGAGUACUGAUCACAGUGGGCGGGCGGCCUGCCCUAACCGAAAAAUCUCUCAGCAAGGACAUUCUCUACAGAGACGAGGACAGCGUCUGGAACAAGCUGACGGAGAUGCCCGCGAAGAGCUUCAAUCAGUGUGUCGCUGUUUUGGAUGGCUUCCUUUACGUGGCUGGUGGCGAGGACCAGAAUGAUGCUAGGAACCAAGCGAAACAUGCCGUCAGCAAUUUCAUCAGAUACGACCCCCGAUUCAACACGUGGGUCCACCUGGCGAACAUGAUUCAAAAGCGCACUCAUUUCAGCCUCAACACCUUCAAUGGUCUCCUGUUCGCUGUAGGGGGCCGUAACUCUGACGGCUGCCAGGCAUCGGUCGAGUGCUACGUUCCGUCCUCUAACCAAUGGCAAAUGAAAGCGCCAAUGGAAGUCCCUAGAUGUUGCCAUGCCAGCACGGUAAUUGAUGGCAAGAUCUUGGUUAGCGGCGGUUACAUUAACAACGCCUACUCUCGCUCUGUAUGUUCUUAUGACCCAUCCACCGAUAGCUGGCAGGAUAAGAACAGCCUGAGCACCCCGAGAGGAUGGCACUGUUCAGUCGCCGUUGGAGAUCGCGCCUACGUUCUCGGCGGCAGCCAACUGGGCGGACGUGGCGAGAGGGUGGAUGUCUUGCCGGUUGAAUGUUACAACCCUCACUCCGGCCAGUGGAGCUACGUUGCCCCCUUGCUCACAGGAGUGAGCACAGCUGGUGCUGCCACCUUGAAUAACAAGAUUUUCCUCCUUGGUGGCUGGAACGAGAUUGAGAAGAAGUAUAAAAAAUGUAUUCAAGUGUAUAACCCCGAUAUUAACGAAUGGACUGAGGAUGACGAAUUGCCAGAGGCGACGGUUGGUAUCUCAUGUUGCGUCAUCACCACCCCCACACGCAAAACACGAGAGUCGAGGGCCAGCUCCGUAUCAUCUGCGCCAGUUAGUAUAUAGGCAGCUAGAGAAUAGUGGGGAAAUGUAUUUGAGUUGCUAAAUGUACCAAUUUUUAUCUUACUAUUUGCUUAAGGUCAACUUUUCUCACAGAUGCCAAGAUUAAUUGUCGGUUCAUGGCAAUCUCAGAAAUGUUGAAUGUCAAAUCACAACACAGAAAAAAAAAAAACAAUUAUGCAUACAUAUGAAUAAUUAUUUAUAGAAGCCACUAUGUUUAAAAUUGAAGUGUUUUGAAAACAACUAAAAUUAGAUGCAUUUCAAAGAUGGUUCAUAGGUUGUGGGAACAGGAAAAGUGAGAGAGAUUUGUCUUGGAGGUAGGUUUAUUGUUUAUUAUGUUUAUGGAAAAGGAACGCGUAAAAACACAUAUUUGCAAAAUUAAGAGUUUGCAGUCAUCAUUUUCAUUGGGAAAUUAUUUUCCAAGUGGGGCCAAUUCUUCAGUUAUGAUUCAAUUAGUCCCUUAAUGUGCAAAAUGAGGUAACUGCAACAUUGCAAGCUGUCCAGAUAUAUUAGACAUUGUCCUUUGAUCAACAAACAAUGGAAUAAUCUUUUAAAAAUUGCUGCAGAUACUUAUUACAUCAUUAUUUUCCAAUGAUGCCAAUUUUAUUGCACUGUACACAUGUAAGCUUGUAGUUCAUAUUUAUUUAGGAUAAUACAAAAUGGUGCAUAGAUUAUAUAGAUUGCCUAAUAAAGCCAGAGGUACGUGAUCAUACAGCCAGGCGGUUUAUUUAAUCAUGUAAUACACCAAUAAAGUGCUGCUGGCUCUUGGAAAAUCAAGCAAGUUAAUUAUAAGCAAGGUUGCUGGCAGGAAGAAUAACCGAGAACAUUCUCCUUAGUUCUCAAUCACUAGGCCUCAGGGAGAAGGAGCACAUGUCCCUGGCCCUGUAGCAUUUUAGCAGUGACCCUGUUUAUAACUCAGUUUACACUGAAAAAGACAAAAACAGAUACUAUGAUGAUGUGGGUGAUGAUGUGAGGAACACUGAAUAAAAGGAUUUACAGUGGUGGCAUAUUUUGUAAAUCGAAAGAAUAAAUAAUUGUGAAAAAAAAAAAAAGUUUUGGCCUGAACC